CUAUGAUAGAAGAAGAAAAGAAAAAAAGUGUGUGUUUGUGAUACGUUUGCUUGUUGUGACUUGUGAGUAUCCAAAACUAACAGAAAAUUUCUACCUUGUCUCUCUCGCCUUCUCUCUCAAUUUCACACAUACAACAACACAUCGCACUCUUGUUUCUUCUUUCUUCUUCUCCAACCCACACAAAACCCUAUUUCCUGUUUCUUCAUUCCAUUCUCAGUCUUCUUCUUCUUCGAUUACUACGCCUUGGCGGUUAUUCAAUCAAACGUCGACGUUUCAAUCUCAUCCUCGUUCGUCUAUAGGAGAGGUGAAGCUUCAUCUUUGAGUGUUGUCUAGUGGUUUUGCACUUUUGCUGUUAGAGGAAAGCAUAGUCUGUUUUUUGGGGUUUAUCAAGGACCCUUUAAGGCAAUCAUUUGUUCUGGAACAGCAGGAGGCAUUUUAUCGAACAUCUUAUGUGCAAAUAGAUUUUGUAGAGUGAGGUUGGAGUUUUUGUAGUUGAGGGUUGUGACCGAGGCGAAGAUAAGCUUUGCUGUUGUUAUUAGCUGCUGGAGAAUAUUGGAUUGUGGGGUGAUUGAAUUUCGAAGUGAUAGUGCUGGUAUUUCCCCUUCGCGACAAUUUUGUGCGUAGGAGGCAGGUUGAAGCGAAGUGUGCGAGUUGAAGCGAGUAGUUUUGCGUGAAUUACAAGUGUUAUAGUGCGGCGCGGGGGUAGAGGUGGUGGAGAGGUGUGUGUGCUUUCCUUUUUAAAUUUGAUCAUGUCAAGUGUUUGUUAUGGAUAGAAGUGAACCUUCAUUAGUUCCACAAUGGUUGAGAAGUGCUGGAAGUGUUGCCGGGGCUGGCAGUUCAGCCCAACAUUUUGCUUCCUCGUCUAAUCACGCAGAUUCAUCUUCUGUAGCCAAUAACGCUAGGAAUAGGUCUUCUAGGAGCACUAGUGAUUUUGAUAGCUCGCGCUCUGGCUUUCUUGAACGGUCAUCCUCAUCAAAUUCUCGAAGGAGUUCUAUCAAUGGUUCUGCCAAGCAUGCCUACAGUAGUUUCAACAGAAGUCAUCGUGACAAGGACCGUGACAGAGAGAAAGAUAGAACCAAUUUUAUAGACCAUUGGGAUCGUGAUGGUUCUGACCCGUUGGCCAAUCUAUUUUCUGGAAGGAUGGAGAGGGAUACAUUGCGACGUUCUCAUUCAAUGGUUUCCAGGAAACAGGGUGAGGUUUUACCCCGUAGAGUUGCUGCGGACACAAAAUCUGGUGGUAGCAACAAUCAGAAUAAUGGCAGUGCUAUUCGUUCUGGGGGUAGUGUUGGUAGUAGCAUUCAGAAAGCUGUCUUUGACAAAGAUUUUCCUUCACUUGGGGCUGAAGAGAAGCAGGGAAUAGCUGAAAUAAGGAGGGUUUCAUCUCCUGUAUUGGGUACUACUGCGAGUCAAAGUUUACCUGUAAGUAGUUCGGCUUUGAUUGGAGGGGAGGGAUGGACAUCUGCACUAGCAGAGGUACCUUCUAUAAUUGGAAGCAGUAGUGCUGGCACUCUAUCAGCUCAGCAAACUCUUACUGCAACUUCGGGAUCUGUAGCGUCUAGUUCAACAGCUGGUCUUAAUAUGGCUGAGGCAUUGGCACAGACUCCGUCCCGAGCUCGUACUGCUCCCCAGGUGUCGGUGCAAACCCAGAGGCUUGAGGAACUGGCCAUCAAGCAGUCAAGACAGUUGAUUCCAGUAACCCCAUCAAUGCCUAAAGCUUCAGUUCUUAAUUCUUCUGAGAAAUUAAAGCCAAAAACAGCUGUCAGAAAUGCUGAUAUGAAUGUAGUUUCCAAGAGUGUACCACAGCAGCCCUCUGGAUUGCACAUUGCUGGUCAAUCUGUUCGCAGUGUAAAUGCCAAAGUUGAUACUCCGAAGACAUCUGGAAAGUUCACUGAUCUUAAAACAGUAGUUUGGGAAAAUGGUGCUUCCCCUAUCUCCAAGGACGUUUCAAGCCCAACAAACAGCAAAUCAGGGAAUCAGCAUGCUGUUACCUCUGCAGCUGCUUCUACACCUGUGAGGAACCCCAAUAACCUAAAAUCUUCCACUGAGCGGAAGCCGGCUUCUUCAGAUCUGAAACUAGGUUCACCCUUGGAUAAGAAACAUUCUUCUUCUCAAGUGCAGAGCCGAAAUGAUUUCUUCAAUCUCAUUAAGAAGAAAACGUUGAUGAACUCCUCUGCAGUUCUUCCAGAAUCUGGCCCAACGGUUUCCUCACCCUCAUUGGAGAAAUCUGGUGAAGUAAAUAUGGAAAUAGUUAGCCCUUCUGCAAGUCUUGAAUCUCUUGGAAAUGGUGCUGAACUGACUAGCAAUGGCAAUGCCCAUGAAGCGCUUUGCAGAACUUCUGAUAAUGAAGGAAAAGAUUCAGUUCUCUCUGCUACUAUAUAUCCAGAUGAGGAGGAAGCUGCAUUUCUUCGUUCUCUUGGCUGGGAGGAAAAUUCAGAUGAGGAUGAAGGUCUUACAGAAGAGGAGAUCAAUGCCUUCUAUCAGGAGUGUAAGAAUUUGGAUCCUUCCACAUUCAAACUAAGUCAGGGUAUGCAGCCAAAGCUGUCCAAGUUGUUCGAAUCUUAUGCAUCUAACCUGCGCGGAGCUUCUGCUGAAUUGAGUUCUUCUGGUCCCAGAUCUGAUGCUUGAUGUACUGUUUUUUCCAUCUAGUUAGAUCCAAGUUUCAAUUUUUGAUGGCAGAUGGCUAGUUCCAUUCCUUGUGUUCUGAAAGGCACAUGAUUUGGGGGUGAAAGAAGAGGGUUGGUUUUGAUUGGAACCUGCAUUUUGCCAAUAUUGCAAUAAGUUAGAGGUGCCUCAAUCCUGUCCCUUGUUUUUUUUAGUUAAAAAGUUUUAGGGUUGGUAGGGUAGGGGCGAUUUCUUGUAGUAGGCGCUGGGCAAUUGCAUCUUUUGGGGUAUUUUGAUCCGUUUCUUUUCUUUCAAGAAGAGGGUUUGAUUCUACAUGAUAAAGUUACUGAUGUUUUUGGUUAAUUUUACCAAGAAAAAAAGGAAAUUAAAAAUUUACUUUAAAUUUUA